AUGGAGGAUCUGAGCGGGUUAAGUUGGACCUCUGGUCCCAAUGAUCCCCCAAAGCCUGCUCCCAUGAACUCCGGUUCACUGUUCUCGAGCGUGCGCGCUUCUUCCGCUUCGGGUAAAUCGACACCUGUCUCUGGCAACGUGACCACGUCCAACCCGUCUUCGAAGUCUACAACCCCUGCCAACGAUAGUUUUGCCAGUCUCGUCUCCUUUGGGUCGUCCAACUCCAACAACAAGAACUUAUCUUUGCUCGAGCAACAGAAACGGUUGGAAGAACAAAGAGCGAAACAAGAGGCGGAGAGGCGCGCCCAGUUUGAAGCACAGUAUGGGGGGCAGAAUGCGCAAUUCUUGGAAAGUUUGGGACAGAUUGGAAGCAAGCCAGCUCCUGCUGGCACUACAUCUCAGGAGCAAGCCUUGGCAACGAGUCCCGACGAAGAUGACCUAUUAGCUGCUUUCAAUGCCUCCGCGCCUGUAGACGCAUCGACCCAUUUCCCCGUUCCCACCUCCAACACAGACCCGCGAUUCAAUUCCACCUCGAACAAGACAUCUCAGCCGGCUGGUAUGGAUUUCCCUGAGGAUGACGACCCAUUCGGGUUGGGACAAAUGAGCUCGAAAGCAACAACCGCACCGAACCCUCCUGCAGCUCAAGGCGAUGAUGACGAUUUCCUUGGGUUGCUCGGGAAGCCAGUGUCAGAAGUAUCGCAGGUUCAAAAGCAAGCAACUGAGGAUACACGUGAUCGCGAAAGUCACAGCCCAUCUUCACAUCCCGGAGAUCCGCGAGAUCGUGCAAUAGCAGAACUGGUCGAUAUGGGGUUUCCACCAGACAAAGCAGGUCAAGCGUUGGAUAACACGGGGCUGGAUGUUCAUGCUGCAGUUGGAUGGCUCCUGAAUCAGGCACAUGCUGAAUCCCGGCAAAAGGCCAGAGCCAAAGCGGAUGCAGCGAGGCUCAACGAGCCCGGUGGGAUUGUGGAAAAUCGUGAACGGAGGCGAGAACAGAGUGAGAGACGGGAAAGGAGCAUCCCCGCAUGGAUGAAGGGAGAAGAUGUGACUCAGCAUCCGAGGAGUCGGGAUGACAGCAGGUCGCCCGCGUCCCGCGAACGAGAUGUCAGUGAAAUAGCCGCCAAUUUGGGCAAUCAGAUUUUCAAGACCGCGAAUUCGUUGUGGAAAACAGGAAGCAAGAAGGUCCAGCAAGCUGUCCAAGAACUUAAUGCUGAGUUCGAUCCCAGCCAACCCCGUUGGAUGAGAGAGGCAGCCUUUGCCAGGGAGAGUCAGCGUACGGAAUCUCAGCCAUCGGGACGCCAGCGGGCAGAGCGUGAUGAUUCCAUGAAUCAGGAGGGAAAUACCUCCCUUGGCCUUACUGAUGAAGCUCUACUCCUCGAAUCCGAACCUCCUCCUCGCCCGGCACGACAUGCCACGCGACCGAAAGCAGAUGCGCCGACGGUCCCAGAGAGCAGAGGGAACCGACAUCCAACUUCGGUUCCAGCUGCACCCAGUGAAAAGUAUGAAACCAAGCCAGCUUCGUCACAACAAUUCACUGCUAGAGAUCCCAAGUCUCGACUUACCCGAGCUGCGGUUGAAGAACAAUCGUCACAAGCGUAUGUCAGCCCGGCCCGGAGGAGACGGCCGGCACAGGAACAACCAGCCACAGAACCUACUCCUGACCUGCUCGAGAGUUCCAAACCUUCGCCGUCGGGUGUUUCAUCGUCUCCAGAGCCAUCACGCCAGCCUUCACAAUCCUCGGAGCCGCCUAGGCCCUUGCCCUCAAGGCCGAAGGUGCCAGCUAGAACCGUGCCCCAUGUCUCGCCUUCUUCACUCAUGUCAUCACAUCAGCACCGCGAGGCAGGGAAUGAAGCUUAUAAACGGGGAGAUUAUGCCGCUGCCCAUGAUGCCUUCGCCAAGGCCCUUUCAUUCCUGCCCAAUGGUCAUCCGCUGACGAUCAUAGUUCUUAGCAACCGUGCUAUGACGGCACUUAAAAUUGGAGAGCCAAAGGCGGCAAUCGCUGAUGCAGACUCUGUAUUAGAAGUCAUUGGUCCAUCGAAAGGGGAAGGAGAAGAGAUUGAACUUGGAAAUGGGCAGCCCGCAAAGCCUAUGAGGGACUUUUUCGGUAAAGCUCUCAUGCGGAAGGCUGAGGCACUGGAGCAGCUGGAGAGGUGGGAGGAAGCGGCAAAGGUCUGGAAACAAGCUGUGGAAAAUGGUCAUGGCGGCAGUACCAGUAUCCAAGGACGCAACAGGUGUGAGAAAGCAGCUGGUAUCAGCAAACCAACCCCAGUGUCGCGUCCCUCCCAGCCGAAGAAAGCAGCGCCUGCUCCCAAGAAGUCUGCAUUGGAUGACCUCGCUGGAGGCCCGGCCCAGAUCCCGGUGUCGACCACUGAAGCUGUCUCUCGCUUGCGGGCCGCGAACGAAGCAGCCGAUCGCGUUGAAGAAGAGAAACUUGCAUUGACGGAGAGUGUUGACGCUAAGAUAGCGGCUUGGAAGGGCGGGAAACAAGAUAAUCUGCGUGCGCUCCUGGCCAGCCUUGACAGCAUUUUGUGGCCUGAGGCCGGCUGGAAAAAGAUCAAUAUGUCGGAAUUGGUCCUUCCGAACAAGGUCAAGGUGCACUAUAUGAAGGGAAUUGCCAAAGUGCACCCUGACAAGAUUCCAGCGAAUGCAACAACCGAGCAACGAAUGAUUGCCGGGGCCGUGUUCAGUGCUCUGAACGAAGCCUGGGACAAAUUCCGUAAGGAAAAUAAUCUCUGA